AUGGCGCUCCAAACACAAAAAGACUACGAUGCUCUAUUUAAGAGGCUCACCACCCUUCCUCCUCCUGGCCGACCCUACGGUAUCCCAGUCGCUGGAACAGAACGACCCAACCGCACCGCCGCCUACCGACACUGGGCUGUUGGCGAUGGCCCUCUGGUCACUGCCCUAGAGCCCGGCAUCAAUUCGACACACGACGUCUUGGACAGGAGCGCGCGCAAAUGGCCCAAUGCCAAAUGUCUCGGAACCCGCCAUUGGAACCAGGCGACUCAGCAGUGGGAGGACAAGUACGACUGGAUUAACUACGCCGACUUUGACGUCCGAAGGAAGAAUUUUGGUGCUGGUAUUGUUGAGAUUCACAACGCCAUCAACCACCCCGCCGACAAGUACGGUGUCGGUUUGUGGUCGCAGAACAGGGCCGAGUGGCAGAUCGCUGAUUUUGGUAUUGCUUCUCAGUCUCUAUACUCAGUCUCUCUCUAUGAGACUCUUGGCCCCGAUGCAACAGAAUACAUCAUCAACCAUGCCGAAGUCACAUGUGUUGUCUGCUCCCUCCCUCACAUUCCCGUUCUCCUAAAGAUGUCCUCUCGCCUACCAACUUUGAAGCUCAUUGUCUCCCUCGACCCCCUUGAGCAGGGUGAAUUGGCUUCUCACACCAAGGCCUCUGUCCUGAACGAGAUCGCCGCUCAUCAUGGAAUCCAGAUCUACUCCAUGGCCCAGGUCGAGGAGAUUGGCGCCAAGUCUGGACGUGCCCCUCGAGCUCCGGGACGCCAGGAUAUCUGCACUAUCAACUACACUUCCGGCACGACUGGCAACCCCAAGGGUGUUCUCAUCACCCACGGAAACGCCGUCUCUGCUAUUGCAGGUGGCAGGACAAACGGCAACGUGAGCAGCAAGGAUGUCCACUUGUCAUAUCUACCACUCGCCCACAUCUACGGCCGACUCAUUGAUCAGAUCGCUAUUGCCGAGGGUGCUGCCGUUGGUUUCUUCCGAGGCGAUAUCCUGGGCCUGGUCGAUGACAUGAAGAUUCUCAAGCCCACUGGUUUCAUUUCCGUCCCCCGACUCUUCAACCGCUUCAACUCGGCCAUCCGCACCGCCACCGUUCAGGCGGACGGUGUUCGGGGCGCUCUCUCCAGACGUGUCAUCGAUACCAAGAAGGCCAACAUGCGAUUGCCCCCCGGCAAGUCCUCCAACUCCCACUUCUUGUACGACCGAAUUUGGACUCCCAAGGUCAAGGCCGCCGUGGGUUUCGGCAGGGUUCACAGCAUGGUCAGCGGCAGCGCCCAGCUCGACCCCGAUGUGCAGGAGUUCCUGCGCGCUGCCUUCGCAAACCACUUCGCCCAGGGCUUUGGCAUGACCGAGACAUACGCCGUCGGCUCCAUCCAGGCGCGAGGCGACUUCACCACAGGAAACAUCGGUGGACCCAUGUGCUGUGUGGAACUCUGCCUCGAGUCCGUUCCCGAGUUUGAUUACACUGUGGAUGACAAGCCCAACCCUCGUGGCGAGCUGCUCCUCCGCGGACCCGUUAUCUUCCGCGAGUAUUACAAGAACGCCGAGGAGACCGGUAAGACUCUCGACGCCGACGGUUGGUUCCACAGUGGAGAUAUCUGCCAGGUUGACAAGAUGGGCCGCUUCAAGAUCAUCGACCGCAAGAAGAACGUCCUCAAGCUUGCCCAGGGCGAGUACAUCUCCCCUGAGCGCAUCGAGAACGUCUACAUGGCCAGCACGAACCUCGUCAACGCCGCUUAUGUCCACGGCGACGGCACACAGUCGUCGUUGGUCGCCAUCUUUGGCAUCGACGUUGAGACCUUUGCGCCAUUCGCCAGCAAGAUCCUCCAGGAAACCAUCCUGCCCAACCAAAUCUCGGAUCUUCGCGCCGCAGCCAACAACCCCAAGGUGAAAGCCAAGUUCCUCAAGGUUCUCGACGGCAUUGGCAGCAAGCACAAAUUUAACAGUUUUGAGAAAGUGCGCAAUGCCCACCUUGAUGUCGACCCCUUCACCAUCGACAACGGGCUAUUUACCCCUACCCUUAAGCUUAAGCGCCCCCAGGCUGCUAAGGCCUACCGAGAGCACAUCGACCGCAUGUAUGAGGAGCUCGCGGCCAAUGAGCCUAUUGGCAAGAACAAGCUGUAA